CUUCGUGUUUGUUUUCAUGUUCAAACGAGAUUGCAAAUAAAUAGUCAUCUAAAAGCAUUAUUAUCUAAUCUAGGUACUUGUAUUUAUUACAAUGAAAGAAUUUUAAAAAACGGUUUCGCUGGUUACACUGACUGGUUACACAAUAAGAUUGAUCAGUGGAAGCAAUACAAUGAAGAAGAAACGUGAUAAUUACCCUAAAGACUUGAGAACAAACUCUAAAAAUACUCGUGGAGCUUCACACUUCUAUGGCUUUGGUGUAGUUGUAUUCUUUCUUUUACAAUUUUAUAUAGUCUUUUAUGUGGAGAGUAUAUUACCAAAGCCACUAAAACUUAGUGAUGAGAUUAGCCAACCUAAUGCAUACAUUGCUGAGAGGGCUCAGAAACAUUUGAAGGCCCUCACUGAUUUGGGUCCUAAGGUGGUUGGCACAGCUGUGAAUGAACAGCUAGCUCGUGAUUAUAUUUAUAAUGAAAUAAAAAAUAUUGAAGGGCUUGCAAGCAAGAAGCAGCUUAUUGAGAUUGCAUUGCAGAAGGUAUCUGGCUCUUACUAUCUUGAUUUUAAACCACAUGGAUUCAUCACAGCUUACAACAAUGUUCAAAAUAUUAUUGUUAAAGUAAAGGGGGUCAAUGCUACUAGCAGUUUGUUGAUUAAUGCUCAUUAUGAUUCUGUUCCUUCAAGUCCAGGGGCAAGUGAUGAUGGCAUCAUGUGUGCAACUAUGCUGGAGGUGCUGAGGAAACUAGUUGUUUCUGAUGAGAGACCAAAGCAUAAUGUGAUUUUCCUCUUCAAUGGAGCCGAGGAGACCGGAUUGCAGGCAUCUCAUGGGUUCAUCACGCGGCACAAAUGGGCCGGAGACGUCAAAGUUUUGGUUAACUUGGAAGCAGCUGGAAAUGGAGGCAGAGAGAUCCUAUUCCAAACUGGACCCAGCGUCUCGUGGCUACUCAACUAUUACAAUAAAGUACCGUAUCCUUUUGGGCACGCGGCCGGCGAGGAAAUCUUUCAAAGCGACAUCAUACCAUCGGAUACGGAUUUUCGGAUUUUCAGAGAUUUCGGAAACCUAAUUGGAUAUGAUUUUGCGUUUGCCAGGAACGGCUACAGGUAUCAUACUAAGUAUGAUGCAUUCGACAACAUCGCUUUGGGAACGUACCAACACGUCGGUGAGAAUAUCUUGACGUUGGUCAAGGAAUUGGCUAACGCUCCUGAGGUGGACAAUCCCAAGAACCAUGGAAACGAGAAAAUCGUCUAUUUCGAUAUCUUGGGAUGGACCAUGAUCUCGUAUUCGGAAUCAACCGCAAUGAUCUUAAAUAUUUCUGUUGUCGUUGCAUCAAUUGCUGUUGCGUUGAUCUCCUUCAAAGAUUUUGGUGUCUUAAAUGUCCUUGCAUGGAAAAAUAUGCAGUACCUUAUCCUAACUAUAGGUGUAAUCUUGGUAGGAUGGUUGUUGUCUGUACCAAUUGCAUACGCGGUGGCAUGUUUGCUGGAUGUAUUUGAGAACACGAUGACCUGGUAUGGAAAACCUUACAUAAUAUUUGGGAUCUACUGUGCCCCAGUAUUUGCCUUGACGAGUGGUUUAUUUGCGAUAUACAACUAUUAUUUCAAAAACAAUAAAUUAAACAAAGGAGUGCAAUCACAGAUCCAAGUACACCUGGUGCGUCUAAUCUGGACAGCUAUUCUUCUAGUUGGAACACUGUUUCAUAUUAGAGCCAUGUAUUUGAUUAUGAUUCCUGUGCUGAUCAACACUUUGUGUUUCUUCAUCAUAAAAUUGCUGCGUCUUCAAUUUUCCACUACUAAGUGGCAGGCAAUUCAUUUCGUGGGGUCUUCAAUCACAACAACUUUCGUGAUGUAUACGGCAUUGAUAGUUUUGAGUUUAUUUGUACCAAUCACCGGUCGCAUGGGAGUCAACAAGAAUCCCGAAUUCAUAAUCGGGGCUAUAUCCGUUUUUUACACGCUUCUCGUCACAUCGUAUUACUUACCUCUUUUUACGAAUUUACGUAAGCAAUCAUACGUGACGUUAUUUUUGGUUGCAAUUAGUGGGAUUACCUUUGCGACGAUUUUCAGUCCGGUCGGUUUCCCAUACGAUGGAAACCCGUUGGCGCCGACCCCUCAGAGGUUCAUGGUUUAUCAUGCAAACAGAGUUUUCAGGAACGACUCGAAUCAAGUCGUAGAGCGAGAUUCGGGCAUCUUCAUCUUUAACAUGGACCGGAAUGCCAAACGAUCCAUCAGCGAAUAUAUCAAGGAAUCGGCUUCAAGUAAAUCUUUGGAUAUCGAUUGCGAGAAUUACGUCGGUUGCGGCUUGCCCGUACCAAAUUUAAAAACGUUAACUGCUAUGAAGGAGAGUACUUGGAUUCCUUACGAGAAAGCUGUGGUGGCUGAGCCUGUUUCGUUGUCAUUGGAAAACAAGCAAAACAUAUCCGAGAAUUCGGUGAGACUAAGUUUCAAGUUGUUAGGAACUGCGCAUAUGAAUAUUUAUAUGAAACCUAAGGAUGGAGUUAAGAUCGCAAGUACCAGUUUGGCCAAAGUAUCGUCGGAUGGUUUAUUGUUUAUAUCUUAUGUGCACGGAGAUAAAGCACCUCUAAUCUUUUCAAUCGAUUUAGAAGUCCCAAGCAAUUGGAAUUCACCGCUGAUCGAUGUCGGUGUCGUUGGAAAAUACGUGGGAAACCCAAGUAAAUCGUUUCAAGCAUUCAGCAGUCAAUUUCCGUCUUGGGCCGACGUGAUUAACUUCUCCUCAAGUUACGAGUCUUAUGUCUUUUGAGCAUUUCCUUAUUUUUUUUAUAGUUCUUAUUGGGUUAUGAGAGGUGGCCACGAUGUAGAGAGUAGUAAUACAUUAGAAAUAAGCUAUAAUUAUGUUAUUUGCGUUACUUUUAAACAAUAGAAGUUUUGUUUAUAUCAGAAAUGAUGCUUUCA